AUGGCUGAGGUGCUGCUCGCCUCCAGCAAUGGCUGCGGCGGAGGAGGCGGGGGCGAGAAGAAGGUGGAGCAGCAGCAGCAGCAGGGGCAGAUGCUGGAGCUGCUGCUGAGCGCGCUGCGCAAGUCGGUCGCGCUGCCGUGCCAGAUGGCGGACGCCGACGACCCGUCCGUGGCCUGGGGGAUGGACAUCGGCUGGCCCACCGACGUCCGCCACGUCGCGCACGUCACCUUCGACCGCCUCCAGGGCUUCCUCGGCCUCCCCGUCGAGUUCGAGCUCGAAAUCCCAUGCCAAGUACCCAGCGCCAGCGCGAGCGUCUUCGGGGUGUCGCCGGAGUCGAUGCAGUGCGGCUACGACGACAAGGGGAACUCGGUCCCCAAGAUCCUUCUGCUCAUGCAACAAAGGCUCUACUCGCAAGAUGGACUCAAGGCAGAAGGCAUCUUCCGUAUCACUCCGGAGAACAGCCAGGAGGAGCAUGUCAGAGAACAGCUUAACAGGGGUGUUGUGCCUGAUGACAUCGACGUGCACUGCCUUGCUAGUUUAAUUAAGGCCUGGUUCAGGGAACUACCUGAAGGUGUGCUUGAUAGCCUCUCACCAGAGCAAGUCCUUCACUGCAACACAGACGAACAAUGUGUCGAGCUCGUGAAGCUUCUUCCUUUAACACAGGCUGCACUUCUUAGCUGGGUUGUAGAGCUCAUGGCCGAUGUAGUCGAAGAAGAGGACUCAAAUAAGAUGAACGCCAGGAAUAUUGCCAUGGUUUUUGCACCCAAUAUGACACAGAUGUCAGACCCUCUUACUGCUCUGAUGCACGCCGUUCAAGUCAUGAACUUGCUCAAAACCUUGGUUCUCAAAACACUUAGAGAACGUGAGGAUGAUGAGGGAACAUAUUCGACAUUUUCAUCAUCAUCUUUAUGCGAUGAACUUGAUGAGGACCAUCAAGGUGAUGACAAUGAAAGUGGGACUGAGAAAUAUGGUGAUGACAGUAGUGAAAGUCCAAACAGUGUUGGCAAGACCAAUCAACUAAAAGUGGACAGUGAAGAGUUAAUUGGUUCGUCCAGGAGGCACGCCUCGUUUGAAUUUCGUCUGCCUUACAUAAGCAACAGCAGUGACGACGAGGAUCUGUCGCUCAAUGAUAUCGAAGAAGGUUUCUUAAGAAGGCUAGAAUGGCACCAAGUGAGCAAACAAGCCGAUGAAGACGAGGGAAGCAGCAUCUUUCACUCCAGCAAAGAGGAAGAGCCAGCGCAGCUGAGCUCCACUGGAUCUUGCGAGGUGAAUGAUGAAACAAGCAGAAUGGAAGAUGCUGAGAGCGUUGAGCAGACGCAAAUGGAAAUGAAGACCAAAACUACAAAUGAGGAGGUAGAGCUUGCCAAGGAAGGGAGCUAA